UUUUAUUUAAAUAUUAAAAUGACAUCAUUCCAAACUCCUCCUCCCACAAUUUUAUUUAAUCCAUCUACAUCAACAUUUUCUUCUUCCAAAAUUAAUAUAAACAAGGAUUUAAUUAAAGAAAAUUUAAGAAAAAAAUUAAUUAAAUAUCACCAACAAAAACAACAUCCAUUUUCGUUAAUUUUAAUGUUUUCUUUUUUAUUUUCUUUUUUGGUAACCUGUUCGACAGGGGCUCCACAUUCUGCAUUUUAUGGCGGCUCUUUAAAUUCAUUUUCUGAACCAGCAUUUUCAGUAUUUCUUCCGACUAAUAGUCGUUCUUUUGUUGGAAUUCGAACGUUACGUCCAUCCAAAGCAGUUUUUGGUUUUCGGCAAUUAAGGGAGAGUUUGGCCGAACAUUCAGAACAACGUCGAGAAUUAAGAAAAACGAGAGAAUUGGAAGUAAAGCAAGGAGAAGAGGAAUUACAAUUAUUAGAGCAAUUACAAAACCAAAAUUUGUCACAAAGACAGCCACGAAAAUAUAUAAAUUUGCAGAGACGUCAAAAAAUUUAUGACAGAUUGCUUUGCAUUGCUACAUUUCAAAAUUUGUCUCAAUGCAGAAAUUCUAAAUAA